UAUUUUUUAAAUUGGUUUUUCAUAUGGUAUCUACGUGUUGCAUUUAAAAUUAUAAGUUUAGGUUUGGAAGAUUAUCCUUAGUUUUCAGUCUAUUUCUACUAACGUAUCUUUUAAACAAGCAAAGGAGACGGAUCCUUCGUGGGAAGGUUUGAGAGAAAGUUGUACAGGAAAGGAUGGUGUUCCUCAAAGACAUUGUGCCAGCAGCUCAAAACAACAUAAACACGCAGAUCAUAUUGUUGGACAAAGGCAAGCCAACCAGGGAUGGUCAAAAUAAGAUGUGUUUGGCGCUUGUGGCUGACAAGACAGCGGCGGUUCAUUUGCAGCUGUGGGGCGAGGAGUGUGAUGCAUUUGAGGCAGGUGACAUUAUUAGGAUGGAGAAUGGCAUUUUCUCGUACAACAAAAACAAUUUGGUGCUGAGAGCAGGCAAGCGAGGCAAGGUAGAGAAGGUGGGAGAAUUCACCAUGGAAUUUGUGGAGACACCUAAUAUGAGCGAGAUUAAAUGGGUUCCUGAUCCCAACAAUUCCAACAAGUAUGUUCAACACUCUGUCAUUUCCCCUCAUUCACGUAUUUUCCCCCCAACUCCUUAGGUUUCAGGCCUUAUUUUCGUUUUGUUUGUCUUCAUUUUCCCAUGUUGGUCUUGUUUUGAAUGACGACAUAGAAUUCCAUAUAUUUGUGGUGGUUACCCCACACUUCUAAGGCUUGUUCCAGGGUAGUCCAAGACUCCAAGCUCCUCAAUGUAUGACAAACUUAUAAAUAAAUACUAUUU